AUGUACCGCCCAGCUCCCCCUCGACCCAAGAAAACUAGAAUAUGCCGUUCACGCGAUGGCUGCUAUACUUGUCGCCGUAAACACCGCAAGUGCGAUCUAACCAAGCCGUCGUGCUCCAACUGCACACGCAAUGGCUUGGAUUGUGAGGGCUAUGACUUGCGGCUCACAUGGCUGCCAGCCUCACUCGGCACUGGGCAUAAUCCACAACGGCCAAAACGCAAGACUUCGACGGAGAAAGUUAUAUCACCUCCCUCUAUAUCCCCCAAUACCGCCACUUCCGUUUCUUACCUUGACGAGCCGGAUCGUUGGCUGGAUGCUACAAUUGAUGAUGCCACGACUGUGGAUGAUACUCAAUUACAGCAACUUCUCACGCACGCUGUUAAUAAUCCACAGUUUUCGAGAGGGUUCUUAAUACUUGACCACGAAGCAUAUCUACUAAGCCAUUUCAAUCGGUGUGUGCAUGGACAGUUGAUGCACCUCAUGGGUGACUGGCUGACUGAACUGUUGUACCACCCUUAUCUCCAACCUGCAUUGAUCGCCAUCUCAGCUUCCAAUCUAUUCCAAGAGUAUAUCUUUCGCCGAGAUCCUACUUUAGCCUCGUGCAACAUCAAGGGGAGGAAAAUCGAUGCGUUGACACAGUCAUGCUAUCGUCUCGCCAUCAAUUACUACAACCAUGCCAUCAGAACCAUUAGCGACACAACCUCCAACGGCAACAAAUCCCCGCAGCUGAACCUUGCAUCAACUCUUUUACUAGUUCUUUUCGAAUCGCAAUCUGGCAGUAUCCACGGGAGCUUCGUCCAUAUGGAUGGUGCCGAUGCCAUAGUUAUAUCUUCUCUGAAACAACUCGGCCAAACGACAACGGGGCGUCCUCUUCUUAAGAGCUGGGCCGACAUGCGGGCACGCAAAAACAGACAGAAACUUGCAUUUAGACCAUUAGAGGUCGAAUUCAGUAGAGCUUCCGAUCCUCGACACAGAGUCUUGAUGUCUCAUGCUCUGCAAUUUUCCUCGUUCAUCGCACCUGCCCUUACAAAUGCCAUUUCGAUGAGGGAUCGACUUGUCUUGCAAGCGUGCGCGGCUUGUGAAGGUAUAGAUGAGAGUCUUGUACUAAGCCAUUUCCGACAAUGGUACUCGCAUGCCUUUGACUUCAAAUACUCAGAGGAGCUCUCUUCUGAGGCUGGAUGUGCUGUCACCAUGAAGGAGUUGAUGAGCGGCCUUGAUGCCACUAAACAGGCACUGCAGGAAUGGCAUAGCAGCCUUGACGAAUCACGGCUCCCUGUUUCCCAGGCAUCUCUACCUCCCGCACUUGAUCAGAGCUUCGAGGACCGGCUGGUCUUGGUCGAAGAUAUCAUACCACUACAGUUUCAGACUCCCGAAGCCGCGUUCGAUUAUUUGCGUUAUGCUGUUAGCUUGGUCAUUACAUCGCCGCAAGUCCUGGGUAUGUAUGUUCUCGCAACGCGGCCAAGAGCGCCCAAAACACAGGUUCCCGCCGUUAUUGCUCACCUGCUUUCGGUCAUCGAAGGUCUUAACUCAGCGGAGCUUAUCCGUUACGACGUGUAUGAUAGUGGGCCUCUCUGGGUCCUGGUCACUUUGGCGCUGUGCGUGCCAGAGUCUCACAUUGUGUCGUGGAUACUUGAGACUAUCCUGCCAAGAUAUGAGAAGUACGCGCACCGUGGCUCGUUGCUCAUAACUUUCAUAAAUGUGAAAGAUAUGCUGUUGUGCAUACAGUCGCAAUUGAAAAAGGGCAUAUUACCACUACUAUGCUCCUCAAGUUCUGUAAUUACAGAAGACCUUAUUUCCAGCCCAAUAGCACGAUUUGGGCAGAAGUUUGCUAUUGUAGGCCGGAACACCUUGGGGUCUUUUAGCCGCAUGGUUGUGUCAGCUUGA